UGCAUCUGGACAGAUAGCCUAGGUUAUCUUCACUUUGCAAAGAAGAAAAAAGACCAAUUACCUGCCUAGGGAGUGGGCUAUUUCGCCAUAAAAUGGCGGACACAUCGGAGUCUGACACCACUGAAGUCCAAUCAGUGGCAGAUACCAGCGUGUUUUCGGAAUAUCUCUGCAGAAUUGUCCCAGUUUUGCUUGAAGAUCGUGAAUCUGCGUCUGCAACCCUGAAAACUGCUUUGGUAGAAAAACCUCAUAUAGAAAGUAUAAAGAAAUUUCUCGGCGAUCCACAGGUGCCAGUGUUGCUAGUGCAACGUUUAUCAACCAAAGAUGAAUCUGAGGAUGUGGCUGAGGGAGAUGGGGACAAUGAGGGAACUGUGGCCUAUAAUAUAACAUCUACUGUCAAGUACUCCAGUUCUAAGAUAUGCAGCAUGGUGCUUAUCAAGAGAGGGCCUGUGGUGGAAGCAGACAAGUCUUUUCCAUCACAGCUCAGAAUCAUGAACUUCAGUGAGGGGUCCCCAUAUGAAACUCUCCAUUCAUAUGUUGCCAAUGCUGUGGCCCCAUUCUUCAAAUCCUACAUCAAAGAAACUGGAAAGGCUGAGAGAGAUGGUGAUAAAAUGGCUCCAACUGUUGAAAAGAAAAUUUCUGAGCUGGAAAUGGGCCUUCUUCACCUACAACAGAACAUAGACAUCCCAGAAAUCACUUUGUCAAUCCACCAGGUGGUGUCUAGUGUCAUAAAAAAGUGUGGAGAGGAGAAUAAAAAGCCUAAGGUGGAGGACUUUGGGGACAAGGUGGAGGAUGCUCAAUUUCUCAAUGCACUGCAGAGUGGUGUAAAUCGCUGGAUCAAAGAAAUACAGAAGGUAACUAAAUUGGACAGAGAUCCAGCAUCAGGAACUGCUCUUCAGGAAAUCAGCUUCUGGCUUAAUCUAGAGCGUGCUCUACUUAGGAUCCAGGAAAAGCGGGAAAGCCCAGAAAUUGUCCUUACUUUGGAGAUCCUAAAACAUGGGAAACGAUUCCAUGCCACUGUCAGUUUUGACACAGAUACAGGACUUAAAACUGCUAUGGCCACUGUGAAUGACUACAACCAGCUUAUGAAGGACUUCCCUCUGAAUGACCUACUGGCUGCAUCAGAACUGGAUAGAAUCCGAGUGUCGGUGCAGGCCAUCUUCCUUCACCUGAGGAAGAUCCGACCAACAAAGUAUCCCAUUCAGAGAGCUUUGAGACUGGUAGAGGCCAUCUCCAGGGACCUCAGCUCACAGCUUCUCAAGGUGCUUGGAACACGACGUUUGAUGCACAUUGCAUAUGAUGAGUUUGAGAAGGUGAUGAAUGCAUGUUUUGAGGUGUUUGGGACAUGGGAUGAUGAGUAUGACCGGCUCCAGGGACUACUGAGAGACUUGGUAAAGAAGAAGAGGGACGAGCAUCUAAGGAUGGUGUGGCGGGUGAAUCCUGCCCACAAACGCCUUCAAGGAAGGCUUGAACAAAUGAGAAAGUUCCGGAGACAACAUGAACAGUUGCGUCAAGUCAUUGUACGUGUCCUCAGACCAGCAGUUAUCUCCUCUGUUCGAGCAACAACCCCAGGACAGGAUGAUGCAGAGCCCAAAACUAUUGAACCCAUGGUUGAUGAAGCAGCUGAUGCUAACGCUAUUGAGGAGGUGAAUCUGGCAUAUGAGAAUGUCAAAGAGGUGGAUGGACUUGAUGUGUCGAAAGAAGGUUCAGAUGCCUGGGAAGCAGCCAUUAAAAGGUAUGAUGAGCGCAUUGACAGAGUGGAAACCCAGAUUACAGCUCGACUGAGAGAUCAGCUAGGCACAGCCAAAAAUGCAAACGAAAUGUUCCGGAUCUUCUCACGCUUCAAUGCCUUGUUUGUGCGACCACACAUCCGAGGGGCGAUCAGAGAGUACCAAACACAGCUCAUACAGAGGGUCAAAGAUGACAUUGAGUCUCUUCAUGAAAAAUUCAAGGUUCAGUAUGCCCAGAGUAAGGCCUGUCGUAUGAGUAAAGUCCGAGAUUUACCUCAGGUGUCCGGCCGUAUCAUCUGGUCCCGACAGAUUGAGCGCCAGCUGAACACCUACCUUCGACGUGUAGAGGAUGUUCUGGGGAAGGGUUGGGAGAACCAUGUGGAGGGACAGAAACUCAAGGCUGAUGGUGACAGCUUCCGUAUGAAACUCAACACCACAGAUCUGUUUGAAGACUGGCAGAGAAAGGUCCAGCAGCGCCAACUGGUGGUCACAGGCAGGAUCUUUGUGAUUAUCAGCAUUAAAUCCAAGGUUAUGGCCAAGGGCAAUAUCCUCAAGCUUGGGGUCAACUUCCAGCCAGAUGUCAUCAACCUGUCUAAGGAGGUUCGUAACAUGAGGUGGCUCGGGUUCCGAGUUCCCCUCGCCAUUGUCAACAAGGCACACCAGGCUAACCAACUGUAUCCCUUUGCCAUCUCCCUCAUAGAGAGUGUCCGCACCUAUGAACAGACACGUGAGAAGAUUGAUGAACGUGCCUCCAUCAUGUUGCUUGUGGCUGGCCUUCGCAAGGAGGUGCAGAACCUAAUUGCUGAGGGUGUUCAACUGGUGUGGGAAUCCUAUAAACUGGAUCCUUAUGUACAGAGGUUAGCUGACACUGGCUUCAACUUCCAAGAAAAGGUGGAUGACUUGGUAGCAAUGGAGGAAGAGAUAGACCUGGAGGUGAAGGCUUUGGAGACAUGUGCCUACAGUAAUGCCACCUUCUCUGAGAUCUUAGGCAAGAUACAAAAGGCUGUUGACAACCUCAGUCUGCAUGGCUUCUCCAAUCUACAACAAUGGGUGGCCAAACUAGAUCAACAGGUUGAGGCUAAGUUAGCAGCACGGUUGGAGGCCGGUCUCAAGGCUUGGACACAGUGUCUGAAACAGAGUAAGGAGGAUACGAUGGACCACACCAUGGAUACAGAUGCUCCACAACAAGUCGCUCACAAGCCUGGAGGUGACCCCAACAUCAAGGGUUUGGUCCACGAGCUGAGAAUCACCAACCAGUUGAUCUAUGUGAAUCCUCCAAUUGAAGAGGCUCGUGUCAACAUCAUGCAGGAACUGUUUGGUUGGGAGGCAGUCAUCACAAGUCUGCCACGUAUCAGACACUCCAGGUACCAGGUUGGCCUGGAUGUGGAGUCCGAGUCAGAGACGACGUACCGUAAUGUGCUGACCAAGCUUCCCAGUAGUCAGAUCAUUCUGGAGGACGUUUACCAGGCUAUAGAGGACACCAUGAAGGAGUUCUCUGGCUAUGUGAAGGUGUGGCUCAGAUACCAGUCUCUGUGGGAUUUGAACCCUGAUGUGCUGUACAGUCGUCUUGGUAACAAACUCAAGGUGUGGAUGGCUACACUAGAGGAAAUCAAAGCCUCCAGAAAGACGUUUGACACAUCUGACACUCAGAAGGAGAUUGGACCGAUUAUUGUUCAGUAUGGUAAAGUACAGUCAAAGGUGAGCCUCAAGUACGACUCCUGGCACAAAGAAGUCCUCAGCAAGUUCGGCACUCUCCUUGCCACAGAAAUGCAGGACUUCCAUGGAACUAUCUCCAAGUCACGAACAGAACUGGAGCAACAAUCCAUAGACACGGCUAACACAUCAGAGGCUGUAUGCCUCAUCACUCAGGUCCAGGCUCUUAAACGCAAAAUGAAGACAUGGGAGAAACAGGUGGAGAUGUACAAUGAAGGACAGAGGAUCCUGGAGCGACAGAGAUUCCAGUUCCCAUCCAACUGGCUUUACAGUGACAACAUUGAAGGAGAAUGGGGAGCCUUUAAUGACAUCAUGAAACGCAAAGACUCUUCCAUUCAGACACAAGUAGCCAGUCUGCAGAUGAAGAUUGUAUCUGAGGACAAAAUCGUGGAGAGCAAGACAGGGGACAUGCUACAGGAAUGGGACAAAGAGAAACCUGUUGAUGGAGCAAUGCGUCCAGACAUGGCCACAAAGGCUCUGACAAUAUUUGAGGGUAAAUUCACUCGUCUGAAGGAGGAGAGGGACAAUGUUGCUAAGGCCAAGGAAGCAUUAGAGCUGUCAGAACCAGGUCAGCUUAGUCCCAGUGAGGAACGUGUCCUGGUCGCUUUAGAGGAGUUACAGGAUCUUAAAGGAGUAUGGGCUGAACUGUCUAAGAUCUGGGAACAGAUAGAUGAGCUCAAAGACAAACCAUGGCUCUCAGUGCAGCCCAGGAAGAUUCGUCAAUCUCUGGACGGGCUGUUGAAUCAGCUGAAGGACUUGCCUGCCAGGCUGAGGACGUACGCCUCAUAUGAACAUGUCAAGAGGACUUUGCAGACUUAUGCUAAGGUGAACAUGUUGAUAGUGGAGCUGAAGUCCGAGGCUCUGAAGGAACGUCACUGGAGACAACUGACCAAACGCCUCAAUGUCCGCUGGGUGUUGUCUGAACUGACACUUGGACUAGUAUGGGACGUGGAUCUCAUUAAAAAUGAACCAAUCAUUAGGGACGUGAUCCUUGUGGCCCAGGGAGAGAUGGCUCUUGAAGAGUUUCUCAAACAGGUCAGCGAAGUUUGGAGAUCUUAUGAGCUGGACCUGGUCAAUUAUCAAAACAAGUGUCGACUGAUCCGAGGCUGGGAUGACCUCUUCACAAAAGUCAAGGAGCACAUAAACAGUGUUACAGCCAUGAAACUGUCGCCAUACUACAAGCAAUUUGAGGAAGAUGCCUUAGCCUGGGAAGACAAACUGAACCGCAUCAAUGCUCUGUUUGAUGUAUGGAUAGAUGUACAGAGACGCUGGGUCUACCUGGAGGGAAUAUUCACAGGAAGUGCGGAUAUCAAACACUUGCUGCCUGUUGAGACAUCACGAUUCCAAGGUGUGAGUACAGAGUUCCUGGGUUUGAUGAAAAAGGUGACUAAAUCCCCAUUAGUAAUGGACGUAGUCAACAUUAACAAUGUACAGAGACAGUUGGAGAGGCUUGCUGACCUGCUCGGCAAGAUCCAAAAGGCUCUAGGAGAGUACCUUGAACGAGAGAGGGCAUCCUUCCCUAGAUUUUACUUUGUCGGUGAUGAAGAUUUACUGGAAAUCAUUGGCAACAGUAAGAAUGUGACCCGCCUACAGAAACAUUUCAAGAAGAUGUUUGCUGGUGUAGCCUCCAUCAUACUUAAUGAGGACAGCUCCCAAGUGAUUGGCCUACUGUCCAAGGAAGGUGAAGAGGUACAAUUUGCUACUCCAGUAUCGAUUGCAGCCAACCCCAAAAUCAAUGAGUGGCUGACACUGGUGGAGAAGGAGAUGAGAGUGACACUAGCCAAACUUCUGGCCUCCGCAGUGCAAGACAUUGCUGCCUUCAAAUCUGGAAAUAUUGAUCCCACCAAAUAUCUGCAGUGGGUUGACACUUACCAGGCCCAGUUGGUGGUUCUGGCAUCCCAGAUUGCCUGGUCGGAGAGUAUAGACAGUGCCCUAGUUGCUAUCGCUGCUCAAAAGAAUGUUGAGGACCUCAAACCCAUGAACAAUGUCUUACUGAUGGUGGAGUCCACUCUAAAUGUCCUUGCUGACUCUGUCCUCACAGAACAACCUCCAGUCCGAAGAAAGAAGCUGGAACAUUUGAUCACAGAGCUGGUACAUCAGAGGGGAGUCACUCGGAACCUCAUCAAACAAAAAGUCAACAGUCCCAAAAACUUUGACUGGCUGUGUAACAUGCGCUUCUACUUCGACCCUAAGAAUUCAGAGGUUCUACAGCAGUUGUCCAUACAGAUGGCCAAUGCAAGGUUUAACUAUGGCUUUGAGUACCUGGGGGUACAGGAUAAGUUGGUACAGACCCCACUUACAGACCGCUGUUAUCUCACCAUGACACAGGCUUUGGAGGCCAGACUGGGUGGCUCACCGUUCGGACCUGCUGGUACUGGUAAGACUGAAUCUGUUAAGGCCCUCGGAAAUCAGCUCGGAAGAUUUGUGCUGGUGUUCAACUGUGACGAGACCUUUGACUUCCAGGCUAUGGGCCGUAUCUUUGUUGGUCUGUGUCAAGUGGGUGCCUGGGGAUGUUUUGACGAGUUUAAUCGUCUGGAGGAGAGGAUGUUGUCCGCUGUCUCCCAACAGAUUCAGACAAUCCAGGAGUCCCUUAAAGAGUUGGCCAUUACAAAGGGCAAACAAGCCUCCCACAUUGUUGUGGAACUAAUCGGCAAACAGGUCAAGGUGAAUGCUGACAUGGCUGUAUUCAUCACCAUGAACCCUGGUUAUGCUGGUCGAUCCAAUCUACCUGACAACCUCAAAAAACUCUUCCGUAGUCUUGCCAUGACCAAGCCCGACCGUCAGCUCAUUGCUGAGGUGAUGCUCUACUCCCAGGGCUUCAGGACAGCAGAGAAGCUAGCCUGCAAGAUUGUCCCAUUCUUCAAACUCUGUGAUGAGCAGCUUUCACCACAAUCUCACUACGACUUUGGGCUUCGAGCCCUCAAGAGUGUACUGGUCAGUGCAGGAAAUGUCAAGAGAGAUCGCAUUGCCUGUUUGAAGCAAGGUUUAUUGGACCGUGGAGAACCUGUUGAUGAGUCAGUCAUUGCAGAGAACUUACCAGAACAGGAGAUCCUGAUACAGAGUGUGAUGGAGACUAUGGUUCCCAAGCUGGUGGCUGAAGAUAUCCCUCUCCUAAACAGCCUGCUGUCUGAUGUAUUUCCUGGAGUUGACUACAACCCUGCCGAGAUGUCCAACCUCCGCCAGGAAAUCAAACGUGUCUGUCAAGAGAUGUAUCUUGUGUACGGCGAACAAGAUGAACAGGGUGCCCACUGGGUAGAUAAGGUGCUCCAGCUAUACCAGAUCACCCAGCUCCACCACGGUCUCAUGAUGGUUGGUCCUAGUGGUAGCGGAAAGUCAACUGCAUGGCGAGUUCUCCUCAGAGCUCUGGAACGCCUUGAAUCCACAGAGGGAGUUGUCCACGUUAUUGACCCAAAGUCCAUCUCCAAGCAGAUCCUGUAUGGUAGUCUGGACCCUAACACAAGGGAAUGGACCGAUGGUCUCUUCACUCACAUCCUCAGAAAGAUCAUAGACAAUGUGAGAGGAGAAUUACAGAAGAGACAAUGGAUUAUCUUUGAUGGAGAUGUCGACCCUGAAUGGGUAGAAAACCUCAAUUCUGUGCUUGAUGACACUAAACUUCUAACACUUCCCAAUGGAGAGCGACUCGCUAUCCCUCCUAAUGUGAGGAUCAUGUUUGAGGUACAGGACCUGAAGUAUGCUACCCUGGCCACUGUUAGUCGUUGUGGAAUGGUUUGGUUCAGUCAGGAUGUCCUGUCUACCGAAAUGCUGUUUGAGAACUACCUUCUGCAGCUGAAGAACCUCCCAGUGGAGGAGGCUGAGGAUGAGGGCUUCAUGGGACUGACAUCUAAAACGGAGGCCAAAGAAGAGACCCUCUCACCAAACAUGCAGGUUCAGAAUGACUGUGCUGCCUUCCUGGCACCAUAUUUUUCGUCCGAUGGGAUCAUCGUGCGGUCUCUGGAAUAUGCUAAGGACCUAGACCAUGUGAUGGACUUCACCAGGAUGCGAGCUGUCAGUUCUCUGUUCUCCCUCCUUAACCAGGGUGUGAGGAAUGUCCUAACCUACAACCAUAACCAUUCUGACUUCCUCAUGCCGCAAGACCAGCUAGAGAAGUACAUCAGUAAGUACCUCAUUUACAGCCUGGUGUGGUCCAUGACCGGAGAUGGGCCACUCAAGAUGAGGAAGGAUAUGGGCGAGUUCAUCCGUAGUUGUACCACCAUAGCCCUUCCUACUGCCUCUUCUCACCCCAUUGUGGACUUUGAGGUGGCUAUCACUGGAGAAUGGGUACCCUGGCAAUCACGAGUCCCGCAAGUGGAAGUAGAGACUCACAAGGUCGCGUCUCCCGAUGUGGUCAUCCCAACCAUCGACACUGUCAGACAUGAGGCCCUACUCUUCACCUGGCUAGCAGAACACAAACCCCUUGUCCUGUGUGGGCCUCCUGGCUCUGGCAAAACCAUGACAUUGUUUAGUGCACUCCGUUCACUGCCAGACAUGGAGGUGGUUGGCCUGAACUUCUCCAGUGCCACAACCCCUGAGCUAUUGCUGAAGACAUUUGACCACUACUGUGAGUACAAACGUACUCCCAAUGGUGUGGUGCUGUCUCCAGUCCAGAUGAACAAGUGGCUUGUCCUGUUCUGUGACGAAAUCAACCUUCCCAAUAUGGACAAAUAUGGUACCCAGAGGGUGAUAUCAUUCCUCAGGCAAAUACUCGAGCAUGGUGGAUUCUACCGCACAUCUGAUCAGAGCUGGGUCAAGUUUGAAAGGAUCCAGUUUGUAGGAGCUUGUAACCCUCCAACAGACCCAGGAAGGAAACCCCUCUCUCACAGGUUCCUGCGCCAUGUACCGAUUGUGUAUGUAGACUACCCUGGAAAGUUGUCGCUGACCCAGAUCUACGGCACUUUCAACAGGGCCAUGUUAAGACUGGUGCCAAGUCUGAAACCCUAUGCUGAGCCUCUAACCAAUGCCAUGGUGGAGUUCUAUCUCUUGUCACAGGAGCGAUUCACCCAGGACAUGCAGCCCCACUAUGUAUACAGUCCUCGUGAAAUGACACGUUGGGUUCGUGGAAUCUGUGAGGCCCUUCGACCCCUGGAUAACCUCUCUGUAGAAGGCCUGGUCAGGAUCUGGGCCCAUGAAGCACUCCGCCUCUUCCAGGACAGAUUGAUUGAGGAUGAGGAGCGGAGAUGGACUGAUGAAAAUGUAGACAUGGUUGCUCUGAAACACUUCACCAACAUCAAUCGUGAUGCUGCACUAGGACGGCCAAUCCUGUUCAGUAACUGGAUGUCCAAGGAUUAUGUACCUGUAGAUCGGGAGGAUCUGAGAGAAUACACCAAGGCUAGACUCAAGGUGUUUUAUGAGGAGGAGUUGGAUGUACCCCUUGUGCUGUUUGACGAGGUGUUGGACCAUGUCCUCAGAAUCGACAGAAUAUUCCGCCAGCCACAAGGUCAUGUCCUUCUGAUUGGUGUCAGUGGAGCCGGAAAGACAACUCUAUCAAGAUUUGUGGCCUGGAUGAAUGGCCUGAGUACUUACCAAAUCAAGGUACACAACAAGUACACAGCAUUUGACUUCGAUGAGGAUUUGAGGAUUGUGCUACGUCGCUCAGGUUGUAAGGACGAAAAGAUUGCUUUUAUAAUGGACGAGUCCAAUGUGCUAGACUCCAGCUUCCUGGAGAGAAUGAACACUCUGCUAGCCAACGGAGAAGUUCCAGGUCUGUUUGAGGGGGAUGAGUACACCACCCUGAUGACCCAGUGUAAGGAGGGAGCCCAGAGGGAAGGACUCAUGCUGGACUCUGGGGAGGAGCUGUACAAGUGGUUCACAGGACAGGUUAUGAAGAACCUCCAUGUAGUGUUCACCAUGAAUCCAUCGUCAGAAGGUCUGAAGGACAAGUCGGCUACAUCCCCUGCUCUCUUUAACAGGUGUGUCUUAAACUGGUUUGGAGAUUGGUCCAAUGGAGCUUUGUUCCAUGUAGGGAAGGAAUUUACCAACAAGAUUGAUUUGGAGAAGUCUAAUUACAUUGCUCCAGACUAUCUGCCAGCUGCCUACGAGGGUCUGUCUGCGUCACCGUCCCACAGAGAGGCUGUGACCAAUGCAUUUGUCCAUGUCCACCUGUCAUUACACCAGGCCAAUGCCCGUGUAGCUAAGCGAGGUGGUCGCUGUAUGGCCAUCACACCCAGACAUUACCUCGACUUCAUCAACCACUUUGCUAAGUUGUACAACGAGAAGCGAUCUGACCUGGAGGAGCAGCAGCUUCACUUGAACAUCGGUCUGCAGAAGAUCCGGGAGACAGUGGAUCAGGUGGAGGAACUACAGAAGUCUCUCUCUGUGAAACGUAUUGAACUGGAGGAGAAAAACGCAGCUGCCAAUGCCAAACUCAAACAAAUGGUCAAAGACCAACAGGAGGCUGAGAGGAAGAAAAUGACAUCCCAGGAAAUCCAGGUGGCCCUUAUUGAGCAGACAAAGAUAAUUGGAGAGAAGUCCGCCAGUGUGAAAGCUGACUUAGCUGGAGUAGAACCUGCCGUCAUAGAGGCACAGCAAGCUGUGAAAGGAAUAAAAAAGAAGGACCUUGUGGAGAUCAGGACCAUGUCCAAUCCCCCUCCCCCUGUCAAGCUAGCCCUCGAGGCCAUCUGUCUCCUUAUUGGAGAGAGUGCCUCUGACUGGCGUACCAUCCGAACUGCAAUUGUCAAGGACAACUUCAUCUCCAACAUUGUCAAAAUGCACAUUGAGGACAUCAAGGAUGACAUCCGUCACAAGAUGAAGACUAAAUACAUGGCUAACCCCGAGUACAACUAUGAGAAAGUGAACCGUGCCAGUUUGGCCUGUGGUCCUAUGGUCAAAUGGGCUAUAGCACAGCUAAACUAUGCAGACAUCCUGAAGAAGGUGGAGCCUCUGAGAAAUGAGUUAAAGGGACUAGAAAACCAGGCAGAGGAGAAUCGUCUGAAGGGCGAUGAAGUCAACAAGCUAAUUGGGGAUUUAGAGCGCAGUAUCUCAAAGUACAAGGAGGAAUAUGCUGUACUCAUCUCUCAGGCUCAGGCUAUCAAGUCCUCUCUCUCAUCUGUACAAGCCAAGGUUGAAAGAAGUGUUGCAUUGCUGAACAGCCUGGGGAAUGAGAAACAUCGCUGGGAGGCAGGUAGUGAGACCUUUAAGAGUCAGAUGGCCACCAUUAUUGGUGAUGUCCUCCUGUCAUCCGCCUUCAUGGCCUAUGCUGGUUAUUUCGACCAGCAAAUGAGAAGGAAUCUAUUCACAAGCUGGUCAUCCCAUCUCCAGCAGGCUCAUAUUCAGUUCAGGGCAGACCUGGCCCGAGUGGAGUACCUAUGCAAUGCUGAUGAGAGACUGAGGUGGCAGGCUAAUACCUUGCCAGCAGAUGAUUUGUGUGCUGAAAAUGCAAUUAUGCUGAAGCGUUUCAACCGUUACCCACUCAUCAUCGACCCAUCUGGUCAGGCUACAGAGUUUAUCAUGAAUGAGUACAAGGACAAAAAGGUCACCAAAACCAGUUUCCUGGAUGAUGCCUUUAGGAAGAAUCUAGAGAGUGCCCUUAGGUUUGGAAACCCAUUGCUUGUUCAGGAUGUGGAAAGCUAUGACCCUAUCCUGAAUCCUGUGCUGAAUCGUGAACUGCGUAGGACAGGUGGACGUGUUCUCAUCACUCUCGGGGACCAGGACAUUGACUUGUCUCCAUCCUUCACCAUCUUCCUCUCCACUCGUGACCCUAAUGUUGAUUUCUCCCCUGAUCUUUGCUCCCGUGUGACCUUUGUCAACUUCACAGUGACCAGGAGUAGUUUACAGGAUCAGUGUCUGAACCAAGUUUUGAAGGCAGAAAGGCCGGAUGUUGAUGCGAAGAGAUCUGACCUGCUCAAAUUACAAGGUGAAUUCCAACUGCGACUCCGUCAACUGGAGAAAUCUCUACUGGGCGCUUUAAACGAGUCCAAAGGUCGUAUCCUUGACAACGACAGCAUCAUCACUCACCUAGAGACGCUUAAGAAUGAGGCAGCCGAGGUGGCUAAGAAGGUGGAGGAGACUGACAUUGUGAUGGCCGAGGUAGAGGCGGUGUCACAGCAAUACGUGCCCCUGGCUCAGUCCUGUAGCAGUAUCUACUUUGCUCUCGAAGGUCUAAAACAGGUCCAUUUCCUGUACCAGUAUUCACUGCAGUUCUUCCUGGAGAUUUUCCACUCUGUUCUGAGUAGUGACAACCUGAAAGGCAUGAAGGAAUACUCUGCUCGUCUCUCCUCAAUCACCAACAACAUCUUUACGGAGACAUUCGGGAGAGUGGGACGUGGUAUGCUCUACCAAGACAGGAUCACAUUCGCCAUACAGAUGUGUAGGAUCUUCCUCAAGGGAUUCAAAGGUGAGAACACCUAUGAAGAUGAAUUCAACUAUUUCCUGAGGAAUCAGGAAGCUGUGUUAACAGAAAAACCAGUGUCAACCAUCCAGGGCCUUACUGCACAACAGCAAGCCUCAAUGUUGAGACUGUCGAAGCUGAAGGCCUUUAAGUCACUGGAGAAGGAGAUCCGGGGAAAUAGUGAGUUUCAAGCCUGGCUGGAGAGCUCCACACCAGAACAGGACGUUCUGACCAUGUGGGAUGACAGCAAACCUCUAAGUUCAGUUGGAACGGCAGUUCAUGGACUUCUAGCAAUCCAAGCAUUCCGACCAGACCGACUUAUUGCUAUGUCUCGUGUGUUUGUUGAGAAAGUGCUCACUGCCAACUUCAUGCAUUGUGCAGAAAAGGAACUUGAUCUGGCAGAUAUCGUUGAAGUACAGAUCAAAGCCAGUACACCUGUCCUCAUGUGUUCUGUUCCGGGAUAUGAUGCCAGUGGACGUGUUGAUGACCUUGCCACAGAACUUAGCAAACAGAUCACCUCUAUUGCCAUGGGAUCAGCUGAAGGCUUCACGCUAGCAGAGAAAGUAAUCAACUCAUCAAGUAAAUCUGGCCGCUGGGUGAUGCUGAAGAAUGUGCACCUUGCUCCCUCCUGGCUUGUACAACUGGAGAAAAAGCUACAUAACCUCACUCCACACCCUAACUUCAGACUGUUCCUCACCAUGGAGAUCAACCCCAAGCUGCCGACCAACCUACUUCGUGCUGGCCGUGUGUUUGUGUUUGAGCCACCACCAGGUGUCUCUGCAAACCUGUUACGUACCUUCAGCACUGUGCCAGCCUCCCGGAUGUGUAAGACGCCUAAUGAGCGAUCACGUCUGUACUUCCUACUUGCCUGGCUCCACGCUAUUGUCCAGGAGAGGAUGCGAUACACACCCCUCGGCUGGGCAAAGAAGUAUGAGUUUACAGAGUCCGACCUCAGGGUGGCCUGUGACAUGCUGGACACUUGGAUUGACUCGGUUGCUAUGGGACGGACCAACCUGCCACCUAACAAGGUUCCAUGGGAUGCCAUUAAGACCCUUCUCUCACAGUGUAUCUACGGCGGAAAGAUUGACAAUGAGUUUGAUCAGCGCCUGUUGACCACAUUCAUCAACAAGUUGUUCUCCCCGAAGAGUUUUGAGGCGGAGUUCAAUCUGGUCAGUAACAUAGACGGCCAUGGCAAGAAGAUCAGCAUGCCAGAUGGUGUCCAGCGUGAGCAGUUUGUACAGUUUGCGGAGCUUUUAGAAGGAGAUAGACAGACUCCUGCCUGGCUUGGUCUGCCUAACAACGCAGAGAAAGUCCUUCUUACCAACCGUGGUUCUGCAAUGAUCGCUAAGCUCCUGAAGAUGGAAGUUUUGGAGGUUGAUGAUGACGACGAGCUAGCUUAUGGAGGAACACCAGAGGAUGAACAGAAACGACUGGCUGAUGGCCGUCCUGCCUGGAUGAGGACGCUCUACUCCUCUGUGUCUACCUGGCUUAACCUCAUACCCAAGGACCCCGAAGAGCUGUUGACGUUGGGUUCGAUGAAGAGGACGUUUGACAACAUUCGUGACCCACUUUUCCGUUUCUUUGAGCGUGAGGUGAAUGCAGGAGCAAGCCUGUUGAUGGACAUUCGCCAGGACCUAAAUGAUGUGUCACUGAUUUGUCAGGGUGAAAAGAAACCAACUAAUCAUCACAGGGCUAUGAUGGCAGACUUGGCUAAAGGAAUUAUCCCACAGUCUUGGCAUCGCUACACCAUACCUUCUGGAAUCACUGUCAUACAAUGGAUCACAGACUUCUCUCUCCGAGUCAAACAGCUGCAAAAUAUUGUAGUCACUACCCAGCAGGGCGGGGCCAAGGAACUUAAGAACCUGAAUGUUUGGUUGGGAGGUCUGUUUAUCCCUGAAGCCUACAUCACUGCCACACGCCAGUAUGUCGCCCAGGCUAACAGUUGGUCACUGGAGGAACUCUACCUAGAGGUGAAGGUGAUGGAUGGGAAGGGUACAGCCGCUAUUGAUCCCUGCAGCUUCGCCAUCACAGGCCUAAGACUUCAGGGUGCUGUGUGUAAGAAUAACAAGCUGCAGCUCUCGACCACUAUAUCCACUGACCUACCGGUCACUCUGCUCUGCUGGAUCAGGUUGGAUGGAGCAAAGAAGGAAGGAAAGGUCACUCUGCCAGUGUAUUUGAAUGCCACCAGAGGGCAGCUCCUGUUUACCCUGGACUUCGACACCGAGGGUGAAGGAUCGGGAGAGGGGCAUAGCUUUUACGAGAGAGGUGUGGCUAUGAUCUCCUCUGACCUGGGAUAGAGGCGAUGGACAGUGUUCUAUCUCACUGGGUCAUAGAUAAACUUACUUCACUUCUGUUUGGACAAUUCUAGUUUUGAUGCUUCCAACUAAGCAAAUUAAGUUAAUGAUAUAUGUCAUAGACUGUAGAUUGUUUAAUUUUGGUGUUGUGGACAAAUGGUAUACACAUAUAUGUACAGGUGUUGUAUGGUACCUGGUAUUAAACUUUAACAUUAUACUGUAUGGUGAUAGCUAAAUUUUAACAUUGUACACAGAUUGUAUGUGUGUGGUGAUACAUAGCCUAUGUGUAGUUAUGAGAAAAAUAUAAUAUAAUCCUGCAUCCUGCGUGAAAUACAGAAUACAGGCUCCUACGUCGACGAUGAUGACACAAGUGAGACGAUCUGUGUGCGUGCCAAGGUGAAGGUCACCUUGUUCCACACAAGAAAUGACUGUCAGUGUAGUACUGCUGCUGUAAGAUCAGCCCACCUCAGUAACCCAGAGGAUAUCUGGCCAUUAUAGUGAUGUGCCAGAAUAAACUCGCUUUUAACAAUGACAUUAUUUAACAUUAAGGUUGUAGUUCCCACUACACAGGUGGGCUUGUCUUCAGCUGUCGCAGCACACUAGACUAUAUAGACUACUAGUGCUUACUGUAAUCCAGUUACCCCCUUGUCCUUCAUUGUUGUAUUCAAGUAUCAAAGACACAUUCUCCCCUCCAACACAAACGAUUUACUUAUCCCUUCACUGUUGUAUCCGAGUAUCAAAGACACUUUCUCUCCUCCAACACAAACGAUUUACUUAUCCCUUCACUGUUGUAUCCGAGUAUCAAAGACACUUUCUCUCCUCCAACACAAACGAUUUACUUAUCCCUUCACUGUUGUAUCCGAGUAUCAAAGACACUUUCUCCCCUCCAACACACUAUUUCCUUCGCCCUUCACUGUUGUGUCCGACUAUCAAACACUUCCUCCUCUCUAACUCAAGAUUUAUUUAACCCUUCCCUAUUGUAUCCAAGUAUCAAAGACACAUCCUGGUGUAUAUGAGUAUCAGACACUUCCCCCUCUCUAACACAUCAUAUGAACUUUAAUCCUUCACUGUUGUAUAUGAGUAUCAAAGACACAUCCUUCUGCCUAAGUAUGACCCACAUAAUGUCCUUUGUAAUUAUUGGACAUUUUCCUAGUGCAUAUAUUUCACUAUUGUAACCUGAGUUUUGAAAAAGACAUUGUUUUUAGUGCUUCUGUAUAGCGUAAGGCUCAUAGAGCUCAUUGAGUGUUGACUGGCUUUUUUUUUCAACCAAAUUUGGAAACAAAAAUUCAGCUAUACUAAAGGUAACAGAUAUUUAAAAACAAAUAAUAUUUGUUGUAGAUUCAGUAAGCUACAUUGCUUUGGUGCAAAUUAGAAAUUAAUAAUGAAAAUAAAAAGAUGUUCUCUUCUGAA